GAAUUAAGAUAUUAAGUAUAUCUUAAUUCGUGCGCUGAACACUAAACACACGUGGUUUAUAAAGUCUUAUCACAUCCAAAUUUAAAAUUCACAUUUCACAAAUAUCUAAUAACAUUUUUUUUAUAUUUUAUUGGACAAAACAACUUUUUACUUUAAACUAUAUGUACUAGUUUUCAUUGUUACAAUGACUUUAAAUUUUAUUACAGAUACCGAUACAUCAGAAUCUAGUUCAGAUGGCGAAGAAACUUCAAAUCAUUCAAGUGUUAACGAAGAAGCCAGUUUGGAGGAAGAUGUAGUUGUUGACUUUAAUGAACAACCAGUAUUUGAUAGCUCUAAAGAAAUAAAUUACAAAAUUAAAUACAAACAAGCAUUUGAGGAAGUUAUCAUUUCUAAUGAUGUCUAUAUUUUGAAUUUGGAUGCACACAAAAUUGGACAAUCACUAAGAAUAGCAACAGCACUCUCCAACUUUACUUGUAAUAUCUAUGAUAUUGAUGCUGGAUGUAAGUCAAUUAGAGUAUCCUUGGAGCACGAAAAAAAAAUUGUUGAUGUCAAAUUUGGUUCAAGCAAUACUCAGUUAUCUUCCAUUGUGUACACAGGGUCUAAAGACGGCACUAUUAAGCUUUGGGAUUUGCGUAAAAAAGAAAAAUGUGUUUCUGUUUUUAAAGAUGAUACUGAUGCUGAACUGAAACCAUUGUCAUGUUUUGAUGUAUCUUGUGAUGGAAGAUUCUUAGUCGCCGGAACAGAAGUGUUUAAAGAUGAUGCUUUCUUAUUAUUUUGGGAUAUUCGUACAACUAAUCUACUUGGUGGUUAUUGGGAUACUCACCAAGAAGACAUUACACAG